CAUAGACAGACUGAGAGUAUAUUCAGCGAAUGGGCAGAGCCGCCAUUCUCCACUCUGCCAAGAUGGAUCACUUCCUCACUUUUCAUCCUCUCUGACUUAUCCAUCAUGGUGAGGAUACUAUCGCAGGAGGAUCUUGAUAUUCUCCGGGACUUGCCCUCCCUUUAUUCCCUUGAUUUGCACGUGAGAGAAGCCGUAAGAGAGAAGUUGGUGAUCACCGGCAGUACAGGUACUGACCAUGCAGUGCCACCUUUCCGGUCUCUAUCAAUGUUCAAGCUUACAAGUUAUGCAAUGGCGCUUGUGUUUGAACGAGGAGCCAUGCGGAAGCUUCAACUGCUUUCUUUCAGUUUUCGUCUCAGGGACACGAAAUAUGUUCAUGCCGACUUUGACCUUGGCUUUGAGAAUCUCACCUCCCUUAAGGCUGUGGAUGUUGCAAUCGACUGUCACUCUGCUUUUCUUUGGGAAGUGAAGGCUGCAGAGGCUGCCAUGAGGAAGGCAACGAACUUGAAUCUGAACCUUCCCACCCUUGAUGUGACCAGGCAUUUUGAAAGGGAGAUGCAAUGGGAAGAAAAUCAAGACAACCUAGAAUUGGAAACCAUGGAAGAAGAAGAAGAACUGUCUGGGAUUGCCAAGAUUGGACCAUGGGGAGGAAACGGAGGGAGGCCUUAUGAUGCCAAGACGGCACCCCGCCGUCUAAAAAGCGCAACAAUUUGUAGCGGCACAGUCGUUGAUUCACUUUCAUUUUCAUAUGUUGACCGUACUGGGAAGCAGCACAUUGCCGGUCCAUGGGGUGGCCAUGGCGGGAGCAAUCAUACGAUACUACUUGGCUCUUCGGAACUCCUGAAGUUAGUGGAACAAUUGGUUUGGUACCAGACAUUGUUAUAACGUCACUCACAUUAAUCACCAAUUCUAGUAGCUAUGGACCUUUUGGACGAGGGGAAGGUUCUCCUUUCCACACUUCAACGCAAAGCAACGACCGCAUCGUUGGCUUCUAUGGUCGUGCAUUUCUUGACUUAUCUUUUGAUAAUCUAUUUCUUGACUUAUCUAUGGUCAACGCAAAGCACACAUGCAUGGGUACAUUUCUCUAUUUCUUUUGAUAAUCUAGGCUUAUCUUUUUUCUUUUCUUGAUUCAGUUAAUUUUCUAGUACAACUAAAUAUCUUGAUGAUAACCUUUUUCCUUUUUUGCA